AAGUUCUUUUAAGUGAAGUUUGUUUCCUCAUGGGCGCUAUGCAAGUAGUGGUGUGACUUGGCUGAACUCUGAUUGGAUAACUUGUUGCUACGACAACUGUCGUCAUGGCAGCGGUCACCCCUGUGAUAGAACGACACCCGGGGUUUAUCGAGGAAAUCGAUUAUAAUGAAAUGGAACUGAAAGAGGUGGUGGGCAAGGGUUCGUUCGGGGUUGUUUACUUAGCGAUAUGGCGCAACAUUCAAGUUGCUGUAAAGAUGAUUGAAUCAGAAUCUGAGCGUAUUGCGUUCAUGACCGAGUUACGUCAGUUAUCGAGAGUUUGUCACCCAAACAUCAUACGAUUGUACGGAGCGUGCCGGAACCCGGUGUCACUUGUUAUGGAGUUUGCAGAGUGUGGAUCACUGUAUAAUUUAUUACAUGGUCCAGGGAACCAACCCCAUUACACAUCAGGUCAUGCCAUGAGCUGGUGUUUGCAAUGUGCUACUGGUGUACAAUACCUUCAUAAUAUGAAACCUAAAGCACUCAUACACAGGGACCUUAAACCGCCAAACUUAUUAUUGACAAAUAAUGGAACUGUUUUAAAAAUCUGUGACUUUGGCACAGCAUGUGACCAGCAUACGCAUAUGACUAAUAAUAAGGGAUCCGCAGCAUGGAUGGCACCAGAGGUGUUUGAAGGUUGCCAAUACAGCGAGAAAUGUGACGUCUUCAGUUGGGGAAUUAUCCUUUGGGAGGUAUUAACUCGUCGCAAACCAUUUGAUGACCUUGGAGGGCCAGCCUUUCGUAUAAUGUGGGCAGUUCAUACAGGGGCACGACCCGACCUUAUUCAAGGUUGCCCGCAACCAGUGGAAUCGCUCAUGACAAGAUGUUGGUCGGCGAAACCAAACGAACGCCCGAGCAUGGAUGAAAUAGUCGUUGCUAUGAGCGACCUUAUGCAGUUUUUCCCUGGUGGGAAUUCCCGCCUGAACUUCCCCUUACACGAUAGUGACAGUAUACCAAGUUCGGAGAGUAGUUCGUGUUACGACUCCAGUAUUACUGACAGCACGCGAGAAAGUUACAUGGGCACAAUAAGCGAUACAGUUCGUAAAUCUGUGCACAAUAUUCACCCAACCGUGACAAACAUUAGUAAAGUACGAGCUGCAUCGUGUUCCCCUGUGUUGGGGAAUCCCCGGGCCCAGGAUGUCGCCGGAGAUGCACGAGUUCGUUCAAGAUCCCACACACCAGACCCGCAGAAGAAUCCUGACCCACAAGGCAAGAAGUAUAAGAAAGGCCAUCGACGGGCUUCUUCCUAUGGAAACACAUUAGAAAUUCCAUUUGAUGCGAUAAGAGAUGGAGCUUUAUCAAAAGUUACAAAAUGUGAAUCCCGGCGUCGAUCUUCUCAAGACCUGAUCGCAGAAUUUGAGCAAACUACAAUCACUCCACCUCGUACUCCUAUCGGGUCACGAUCAGGAAGUCCUUCCCCCGCCAAACAAGUCCUUAAACGUGUUCGUUCCGGUAACCCCUCACCCAUAUCGGUGGUGGUUCCCCCUGGCCCCAGCCCACCCCUACCAACGCCAGGUAUUCCACCUGGCCCCACAUCCCCCCAAACCACCCCAACGAACAACCGACCUGUAUCAUACACCAACCACAUUCAAAGCUUCUACGACCCAAGGCACCAAUUAUCAUCAGGUUCUGACUCACAAUGUGAUUCCCUUCCACGAGCAUACAUUACAUUGGAGCUCCACCUUCAGCCGUUACCUCCAUCAACUUCGUCCAAAGAGUCGAUGGCGAUACAUCAACAACACUGUAUGCUAGCUGAGGAUUAUUUAAGGGUUCAGACGGAAAUAGCUUUGCUUAAACAGCGGGGGGAGCAACUGAGGUUGGGUCUCGCUGAUGAUGAGCGAGAGAAAAGCGAGGACGAUCGACUUAACGUCGAAUAUCAGCAAUUGGUUGCUGAGAAUACUUCUCUACAGAAGUGGUAUGACAAGAUGAAAAAGGACCUUGCAAGAGUGAGAGAGAACCAACAUAAAACUAGAAAUUAGAAAAAGGUACAAGCACUCUGUGUGGUUUAGUCACUCAACACUCUGGGUGUUGUGUUUAAGUUUCAGCACAAAAUUUAUCACUAAUAAGUUAUUUUACUUUGAAAAUUCAUUUUUGAGGCGAAAUUUUUAAAUUUCGGUUUACUGCUUUACAUUUACCCCAAUAAUAAUGUAGUUUAUUCAAAAUUAUGAUGUCACAUUCCAGUUUUAUAUUUCCUUUGUUACAAAAUAAUCUAUUUUAGGUGUAAUUUACAUGACAGAUUUAUAAUGUGACAUUUUUCGACGAAAAUCAUGAAAAUUUUAUUUGUUUUAUUUCUAAAAAAGUUAGUUUACUAGUGUUGUUUCUUACGUAAUGGUCCCCUUGUUUUUGUAAAUAUAUUGCGCUUAAAAUGGGACCAACAUUGAUCUUCCUUACUAUGUUGUUUACAUACUUUGGGAUGCUUAAUACAAGGUAUAAACAAAA